AUGACUCAGAACGGUAACACAACUCAAGAUGGCCGUAAGCGAAUUGUCGUGGUUGGUGCUGGCGCUGCUGGCAUGUCUACGGCCUACCAUCUAUCACAACAUCCCGAAAAGUUCAACGUAACACUUAUAGAUGCUGUCGAUUAUUGCGGUGGACAAGCGUUUUCCAUCCCGCUUGAAAAGGAACGCCAUGGGGCAUCGUGGUGUAACCAGGGGGUCCAGGGCGGCUCCUAUAUCUUUCAUCAUACGGCAACUAUGUUUCACCGGCAAGGGUACCACGCAGACCCUGUAAAUCUUCAAGUCUCUUUCGGGAAAGACGACACAUUCUGGUCUAAUGUGUUUCCUACCAAGUUAUUAGCUCAACACGAGAAAGAGAUUAGACGCUUCCCAACAAUGCUGAAGCUGAUGCGCUGGUUCGAAGUGUUCUUCGCCUUACUUCCACUCAGGUUCGUAUUCAAGAUGUUUCGAUUCUCGGAGGAAUUCAUCAACAUCAUUGCCCUACCUAUGACGGCCUUAUUUCUAGGAACCGGGAAUGCCACCCCUGAAGUUCCGGCUAUCAUGUUCGAACGACUGUGUACUUCGCCUACAUAUGGAAUGUGGUAUGCGCCUGAUAAAAGCACAUUUGUCAACAAUCUACCUCCGAUGGUCGUCUUCCCCAACUUCUCGGAGUUUUACGAUAGCUGGCGGAAGGAUCUUGUCUCGCGCGGCGUCAACGUCCGCUUAUCCACAGAACUCGUCGAGGUCGUUAGGAGGGGUAACAGUGGAGUGGUCGUCAGACUCAGGUCUUACACUCCUAUGCCCAAUAGACACAUGCCUACUAACUGGAAUCAUGAUGCCCCGGUUAAUGAAGAAGUGUACGACGAGAUUGUGAUGUGUUGUCUUGCCGAUACUGCAAAGAGGGUGUUAGGUCAAACGGUGACGUGGAAGGAGAAGAGGGUUCUUGGCUCAGCAAAGUUCAGCGAUGAUAUAACCAUCACUCAUAACGACGCCGACUACAUGAAGAAGCACUAUGAGAACUUCUAUCGGGAAGACUUGGCCGUGGCCAAUAUCAACGGUAUCGAUCAGACCUCGCGGCUCGAAUUCGGGGCAAGGAACUUCCGGCCGAUGUACUACAUCAAGAUGUAUCCGGAAGAUAAGUCGAAGCUCGAGAUGUGCUUUGAUACGACGAAUUACCAAAGCCAGUUCCCUGAAAAGGUGCCUUUCGAGCAGCACAUAUUCCAGACCAUCUUUCUCAACAAAGACCGUGACAGGAACCUGUGGACAGAUGAUGAGAUUCGAGAGGACAAGGUUAUUCGGAAGGACUGGUGGCAUCAGCUUUGCCAUAGCUACACGCACUAUCUGUUUGUGAUUCCCUGGAUGAUGUUCCUCCAAGGGAAAAGCCAUACGCGUUACGCGGCUGCCUGGACUUUGGUCAACGCCCACGAAGUCGCCGUUAUGUCGGGAAUUGCGGCAGCCGUUGAUCUCGGCGCCGAGUAUCCCGAGGAUCUCGAGAACGAUUCAUUUGCGUUCCUGUGUUUCCGGCUCUACUACCUUCUCUCGUACGGGAAGUGGUACCAGCGAAGAUACACUAAGAAAAAGAGGGAGCCCACAACGCAGGCUGCCAAAGAGGGCAGGAGCUGGGAGACAGGGCUCUACGGAAGCGUAUACCAGGGCCCCGGCGUGUCAAGAACGGAGCGUCAGACGUGGAAAGAGGAGCUGAAAAGGGGCCUUAGCACUCCGAACUUUGUCGACGGGAAACCCACUAGUAGCAGUCUGCGCUGA